AUGAGUAGUAGGGGUGAUAGCUUGAAAUUGCCAAAAUCUCCAUGCAAAUCAGAUUCGGAACAGGAUUUGUUAGUUGAUUUAAAACAUACGCGGGGUAGUAUAAAAUUGCGGUUAACUUCAUUCAAAAAAUAUUUGUAUAAUUUAAAUGUAGAACAAAUUGCUAUAGAUUCAAUUAAAAAAGCAGAAUUAAAGUUAAGAAUGCAAAGUGCUCAAGAAAGUUAUGACGCGUUUAACAAAAUUCAAUGUAAAAUCGAGUUAGUGUCUGAUGAUAUGAAAGAUCAUACAGAAUACAGAGAAAAUUUUGAAGACAUUUAUUUUUCGUGUAUGGCAUCGGCACAGUCUUUAAUUGAAUCAAAUAUGAAUGACGGUUCUAACUGUAAUAGCUCGUUAACUUCUAGUAUAAAAUUACCUCAAAUAAAGCUACCCUCCUUCAACGGUUCUUAUGAUCAAUGGUUAGAAUUUAAAAAUUCAUAUGUUAGUAUGAUACAUAUGCGUUCAGAUCUCGAUGCGAUUCAAAAGUUUCAUUAUUUACGAUCAUCACUUUCCGGUAGUGCAUAUCAAGUAAUAAGCGCUUUAGAAUUUACAGCUCUCAACUAUUCGCACGCUUGGGCUUUACUUGAGAACAGAUUUAAUAAUGAACGGCUUUUAGUGCAUAAUCAUAUCAAAGCGUUAUUUACUGUACCUGGUAUGAAUAAAGAAUCGCCUAAACAAAUCAGAAUAUUAAUAGAUACUAUUUUACGUAACUUACGAGCUCUUAAAACGUUAAACGAACCCACAGAGCAUUGGGAUACCUUAAUAAUUUAUUUAAUAGCAUCUAAACUAGACGUUUCUACUGAAAAAGAGUGGGAAAAUUACAAAGGAUCUAUUACGUACGCUACACAAAAGGAUUCUAAUCCUAAAUUAAAGUUAGAUGAUUUGUUAACAUUCCUUCGCAAUCGAGCUGAUACAUUAGAAAUGAUACAUGCUAAUCAUACAGGUGCUAGUUCGCAAAAAUCGCACGAUAAUCGGCCUCAUUGUGAUAUCAAAAAACCAACAUCGCAAACAAAAUUACAUAGUUUUAUUUCUACGCGUAAAGAUUCUUUGAAUAAGUCGGGUAGUAAUAAACGUUCUUAUAACUGCGUCGCAUGUAGUAGUAAUCAUGCGCUUUACACUUGUCCUAUUUUUCUUAACUUAACAGUUAAAGAUAGAAUAAAAUUAAUAGACGAUAAUAAAGUUUGUCGUAAUUGUCUACGUUCGGGUCAUGCAAUAGAAAAUUGUUUAUUCGGGCCCUGUAAGCAUUGUCAGUCUAAACACAAUACGUUAUUGCAUUUAGGAAGCAUUAAUAAUGUUUUAUUACCUCCCAUUUAUAGUAUGAAUAAGGAAUCAGCUGAUCGAGAUAGUGCGACCACUACGUCGACCGCGCUGCAUUCUACCCGCACUAACUUAAAUAUUGAUAGCACAGCUGACGAGUCGCGCAUGUUGUCUCAUUCCGUUUUGCUUUCUACCGCCUUAACCUUUAAGUAUGGACGUCAUAUUUUCUUAACACUACUGUGGACGUGUAGUCUCACAGGCUCCUAUAUGCACACACAUUUUGUUUGGGGAAUUUGA